GCUGUGCGUUCACAAGCAAUCCAAUUGCUCAGCCGGAGCGGAAGUAGUUUGACGUCACUACCCGUACUACCCGGAAGUGCUUGUCGUGUGAGGUUUUGAAUGAAAUCUGGCUGAUUCACGCUGAGAAGACUCUACGAUAAAGCUCCCCAGAUCGCCCAGGGCCGCCCAGUGCAGGUAUGGCGGGGCACGGGAGGCACAGCAGGCACGCUGGGGAUGGUUUCCGGGGUUUAUUGUACUGGAGGCCAGGGAUGACAGGUUCUCACCUAGGCCUCUGGCAGGUCCUGGGGCUCCAGUACAAAGUGAGGCCGGCUGGUGUGCUGCUAGGCCGGGGAGCUGUUUGUUUACUAUAGAAGGGUCCCCAGGCAGGGCCAUACCCCCUUACCUGUGUUCUAGGAUUGCUAUGGAGACUGCCUGGCCUGCAGCAGGCUGUGUGUGAGAACUUUUUUUUCCCUUACUUUUUUGUGUCAUUUUACCCCACUCCCUCUAGCAUGUAAGCUCAUUGAGCAGGGCCCUCAACCUCUAUGUUCCUGUGUGUCCAAGUUGUCUGGUUACAAUUACAUGUCUGUUCGUCCACCCAUUGUAAAGCGCUGCGGAAUUUGAUGGCGCUAUAUAAAUACCAUAAUAACUGCACACUCAUCCCCUCCAAACCAGGGCAGCCAGAGCCACCAUGUCCCCCAGGAAAACACAACUCUCUCUCCUGGUGGGCAGCUUAUGAAAAGUGAUGCCUUGGACUAUGUAGGUACAUAUAUACAGCAGGAAAGAUUCUGUGUAAUUCUUCGUUGAUCAGUUAUUUAUUAUUAUUUUAUUUUUUUGCUGCUUUUGUUUUUAAUGAAGCUUGUGAAUUACACAUACACGUCAACACUUUCCAUGUAUUUUUCACCAGCAUGUAGAAGCGAUGAGUCCAGGGAAGUUCCAGGUCAAUCAGAAAAACUCGAUUCCAAAAACGGCCCUCAUCUCCACAACUUGCACCACUGUACCUAGGGUAGAAAACUAUAUGGAGUCUGCACGGAUUAAUGAAAAGACAACCUUCACUCCAAAAUGUAUUUUUGUUAAGCUUUUACGAAUCCCUAAUCUGUUGCAUGUUAAAGGGACACUUCAGGCACCAUAAGCAUUAAAGUAAGUUGUAGUGGGUUUGGAAAUAUGAGUCUGAGUUGGUCUAUUAAAGCAUUCAUAUUUCCUCAUUAUCACUCCAAGUUUAAACAAUAUUAAAAUGUCGAGAGUUGCCAGCUGACACUCAUAACCAGCUAAAGGAAUGCUAUAGGGGUUAGGAAUACAAAGCUGUAUUCUGAAUCCCUUGCAAUAAGACUUUAUACCCCUUAAACACUUUUGCACGCAUUAGGUAUUCCCCGUAGGAUAGCAGUGAAUCAGUGUUUUAUUAUGGGGUUUUACAAGAUGCUGGAUGUCCUCACGCAAAGUGUGGGGACGUUGUUUCAUAGCGCUUCAGGAACACUAACUCUUUUAUUCCUGACACUAUUGUGCUGGUGUGGCUGUUUAAUUUCCCAGCCCUCCUGUCUGUGCAGUGAAAGAUGAGUUUACCAAUUUAAAAUUUUAAUGAUCUCAACCAAUCUAAAGGUUUUCCAUAGGAAAGCAUUGAUAAGCUAUUGCACAUUCAUGGCAGAACGCCCUGCUGUGCCAGUCAGCAUUUCCUCAUGGAGAUGCAACUCUAAAUCCAUGCAUCUCUAUGGGCAAUGUUCAGCAUCUCCAUGCAGAGCAUGGAGAUGCUGAACGUCAGUGCUACACAAUGUAAACACUGCUGCCUAGAAACACAUCUAAUGGCAGUCACUCAGACUACUCAUGGACAAUAUCUUUUCUGCUCUACUUCUGGUGAAGUAACAAAUUCUGAUUACUUUUAUAUAGUCCAAUGCUUCUUAUAGAGAACCAUUCAGGACACAGGGCACAAGAUAUAGGACUCAAUUUAAGAUUCUGAUACUUGCUUACAAAUCUCUACACAAUGCUGCUCCCACCUACUUAUCCUCACUAAUACACAAAUAUGUCCCAUCUAGGCCACUACGCUCUGUUGGAGACCUAUGUCUAACUUCUGUUCGUAUUCCUACCUCUGAUGCUCACCUUAAAGACAUCUCUAGGGCUGCACUGUUCCUAUGGAAUGCCUUUCCCCUCUCUGUUAGACUUUCAAACAAUCUCCACUCCUUCAAAAAAUCUUUGAAAACGUACUUCUUUAGGAAAGCAUAUCAAUUAAGCUGUGAACAGCUUUCCCUCCCUGAUUCCGUUCCCGCAACUGUCCUCAAAACAAAACACUAAGCCCUCAAUGAACACUAUCAGAGCAACCUACUUUUCUACCCUACCCUUACCUUUUGUGUCACAUUAUCCUACUCCCUCUAGCAUGUAAGCUCAUUGAGCAGGGCCCUCAAUCCAUCUGUUCCUGUGUGUCCAACUCUUCUGGUUACAAAUAUUUGUCUGUUAGUCCACCCAUUGUACAGCGCUACAAAACCUGUUGGUGCUUUAUAAAAAAAUAAUAAUAAUGUGUGUUAAUCUCUGUGUUCUGCCAAUCUAAUGCUUCUCUGCAAAACAUUAAACACAUUUGGCAUCACCAUGCUGUGUGAUGAGGCCAGAGUUGACAUUUAAAAAAGUCUUCAGGAGGAAAUGUGUGGUCUAUUGCCUCUAAGCACCAUAACCAGUACAGCUCUUUGUAGCAGUUAGGGUGUUAUGGGGUUUUGGUGCCUCAGUCUAUUUUUGUCUAUUUGUUUUGACAAACACAAUGGCUCUCAAAAGCAUGUAGAAUCUGGUCCCUCUGUAUUUUUCAGAAAUAUAAUUUAAUUUUUUUUGUGUUAAAUUCUACUAAUAUUUAUAUACACAUACACGCGCGUGUGUAUAUACACACACACGCACGCGUAUGUGUGUGUAUAUAUAUACACACACACACACACACACACACACACUGCUCAAAAAAAUAAAGGGAACACAAAAAUAACACAUCCUAGAUCUAAAAGAAUUAAAUAUUGUUCUGAAAUACUUUGUUCUUUACAUAGUUGAAUGUGCUGACAACAAAAUCACACAAAAAUUAAAAAAUGGAAAUCAAAUUUUCCAACUCAUGGAGGUCUGGAUUUGGAGUCACACUCAAAAUUAAAGUGGAAAAACACACUACAGGCUGAUCCAACUUUGAGAUAAUGUCCUUAAAACAAGUCAAAAUGAGGCUCAGUAGUGUGUGUGUCCUCUAUGUGCCUGUAUGACCUCCCUACAAUGCCUGUGCAUGUUCCUGAUGAGGUGGCGGAUGGUCUCCUGAGGUAUCUCCUCCCAGACCUGGGCUAAAGCAUCUGCCAACUCCUGGAUAGUCUGUGGUGCAACGUGACGUUGGUGAAUGGAGCGAGACAUGAUGUCCCAGAUGUGCUCAAUUGGAUUCAGGUCUGGGGAAUGGGCGGGCCAGUCCAUGGCAUCAAUGCCUUCGUCUUGCAGAAACUGCUUACACACUCCAGCCACAUGAGGUGUAGCAUUGUCUUGCAUUAGGAGGAACCCAGGGCCAACCGCACCAGCAUAUGGUCUCACAAGGUGUUUGAGGAUCUCAUCUCGGUACCUAAUGGCAGUCAGGCUACCUCUAGCUAGCACAUGGAGGGCUGUGCGGCCCCCCCCCCAAAGAAAUGCCACCCCACACCAUUACUGACCCACUGCCAAACCGGUCAUGCUGGAGGAUGUUGCAGGCAGUAGAACGUUCUCCACGGCGUCUCCAGACUCUGUCACGUCUGUCACAUGUGCUCAAUGUGGACCUGCUUUCAUCUGUGAAGAGCACAGGGCACCAGUGGCGAAUUUGCCAAUCUUGGUGUUCCCUGGCAAAUGCCAAAUAUCCUGCACGGUGUUGGGCUGUAAGCACAACCCCCACCUGUGGACGUCUGGUCCUCACACCACCCUCAUGGAGUCUGUUUCUGACAGUUUGAGCAGACACAUGCACAUUUGUGGCCUGCUGGAGGUCAUUUUGCAGUGCUCCUCCUGUUCCUCCUUGCACAAAGGCGAAGGUAGCGGUCCUGCUUCUGGGUUGUUGCCCUCCUACGGCCUCCUCUAUGUCUCCUGAUGUACUGGCCUGUCUCCUGGUAGCGCUCCAUGCUCUGGACACUUUGACAGUCACAGCAAACUUUCUUGCUACAGUUCGCAUUGAUGUGCCAUCUUGGAAGAGCUGCACUACCUGAGCCACUUGCUAGGGUUGUAGACUCCGUCUCAUGCUACCACUAGAGUGAAAGCACCGCCAGCAUUCAAAAGUGACCAAAACAGCCAGGAAGCAUAGGAACUGAGAAGUUCCGAACCACUCCUUUAUUGGGGGUGUCUUGCUAAUUGCGUAUAAUUUCCACCUCUUGUCUAUCCCAUUUGCACAACGGCAUGUGAAAUUGAUUGUCACUCAGUGUUGCUUCCUAAGUGGACAGAUUGAUUUCAAAGAAGUGUGAUUGACUUGGAGUUACAUUAUGUUGUUUAAGUGUUCCCUUUAUUUUUUUUGAGCUGUGUGUGUGUGUGUGUGUGUGUAUAUAUAUAUAUAUAUACACACACACCUAUUCACCUAUAACACGAUAUCAACACCUUGUGAAGGAGAAACAGUUGUGCAUUCGAUUGACACUGAAGAACGAAUAUUGCAUGACUAGAUAUCUGCACAAUAUUUUAUAUUAUAUUGAUACUCGUGUUCAAUUGAGUUCGCAACAUAAGAAGUGCCUGUGAUGGAUUGUUGGUGAACAAAUGCCUGAAGGCUUUAUAAGAGGCAGACUUAAAGUCAUGAGAUUCAGCAGGUAAAGCAGUAAUGAAAGGGGGGAAAAAAACAAUAAUAUCAAAUGCUUAACAUUGAUUCUUGCUAGAGAGCUAGAAAUGAAUGUCAGAGAGAGUCCCAGUCACAUAGCCCAUGUCAGCUUAUGCCCUCCAGAGGCAUAGUAGCCUGUCUGGAGGCAAAAGUGUUAUCUAAUGCCAUGGUGACUAGAAGCACUGGGGAGCACUGGAGGCGGCCGGCCGAGGGAGUAUUGAAUCUGGCCACCCUGGUGAGCAUGGAGGUGACUCGUGAGGAAGCAGUGAUCUUCCUGCAGUUCCUCCCUGCUCCCUCGCUCGCUGUUUAGUGGUGCAGAGGGCCAAAAUAUGAAGUCACUCCGGCCCCGACAUCACUACAGAGAGCGCAUAGGGGAGUAGAAAGGAACUGCGGGAAGAUUAGAAAUCAGCCCCACUGGACCCCAGAGAAAUAUCCAGUCUGCUAUGCCAAAAUUAGGGAGGCUGGGUGGACAUAGAUUAAAAGAAACUUGUUAACUUGUGAGUGUGUUAGAAAAUGUGUGUAUGUGUGCCUCUGUCAGUGUGUGUGUCUGUUUAGGUACGUGCCCCCUCCAAUUAUAUGACAAAGGUGUUUUACUCACCAUUUUUCCUACGCCAUGCCGAUAUCUGUAUGGCUGAUCCCGCCUCCAUGCCUGAGAUCAUCAAUCUUUAUGAUCUCAGGUAAGCCAAUGCUUUUACAUAGGAAAAUAUUGGGAGGAUUUUGCACAUUCGCAGCAAAACACUGCAUUGUACCAAUCAGCAUAUCCUCAUAGAGAUGCAUUGAAUCAGUGCAACUCUAUGGGGAUUCUUCAGCACCUCCAUACAGAGCAUGGAGACUCUGAAUGUAGGUGCUGCACAUUGUGGCUGUCACUAGAGGUGUUACUAGCUAGCACAGAAAAGGCAGUGUUUACAUUGCAAAACCUGCAGGAACAGGCUGUUGAGACUAGAGCAACUACAUUAAGCUGUAGUGGUUCUGGUGACUAUAGUGUCCCUUUAAGAACUGUGUUUUUCUCGUUGAAAAAGAAACUGUUAGUUUAAAAAUAGUGGAACCGAACAUCUUUAGAUGGCUCUUAGAUUUCAACAAAUUUGUCAAACCCUGCAGUAGGCGAUUAACCCUGCAAUAUUAUUGGCAGUUAGACAAAGAGUCCUCUCAAAGCAUGUCUAUCCGACAUUUUUUUGACACGUAAAAUACCAGGUAAUGUUUUACUUGCUAUGGAGCUUCUCCUAUCUUAUUCAGACGCAAAUUUAUAUUGAGAAAAAAAGUGUUAUGUCUGUCUCUCGUUGAUAUCAAAACAUAGGUCUUCAGUGAUGGCGAAAAUCUGUUCAAUGCACCUCUGCUGAGAGUUCUUGUAUAAUCAUUCAGUUGUAGUUUUGAUGAUAACUGACAAGCUGCAAGUUAAUUAGUGAAUGAUAUUCUAAUGAGCAUGUAACAUGUUACUUUCCUAUUGUAGGUGCAUUUUAAGAGGGCUUAUAUUUGUGCAUGGUGAAGGUAAUCAUUUGUAGAUUACAUAAAAGAUUUAGGUAUCUAAAUCCGUGGCAUGUUUGCCAAGAAUUAAAUACCUGUGGGUUAAAAAAAAUUGUUAAAAUUUAUUUUAAUUGUUGUUGUGGUUUAGGAUAACCAAAACCUAAAGAAGCAAAUAAGGUUUGUUAAUUAGUUCAGGAGACAGCUUCUUGAAUUAAUAUGUGGUGUUAAUUAACAGGAAGAUUGAUGUUGUGUUGUAAUUACCACCACAAUUUUUUGGCAUACUGAAUGAUUGAAGGUUGAUAUUCCAUAAUAUAAUGUACUUAUCAUUCCAACAUUUUAUUCUUUCUUCCAGGAAUAUGGACAGACUUCUAAGGCUUGGAGGAGGCAUGCCUGGACUCGGCCAGGUUAGCAGAGUUACUAAUUCUGUGUUUUUGGGUUGUCCUUUUUUUUUUUUUUUUUUCCUUUCCUCCCCCCCCCCACCCAUAUCAAUUUCUGUAAGGCCCUGUAUGUUUUUAGUUAACCAACAGGAAGGGCUUGUAUUAUCACACACAGGCUUUCUGGGUGGUUUGGUUUUAUAUAUAUAUAUAUAUAUAUAUAUAUAUAUAUAUAUAUAUAUAUAUAUAUACACACACACACACCUCUCUUAUAGAACAAUAUUGGCUUGUGUCUCGCUUGUUUCAAAUUGAACAUAUAUUCACUGUUGAAUUUCAAUAUGUUUCUUUCCCUUUUAUGUUCCGAGAUGUACUGUUACACUUCCUGGUUUGGGGGCCUUCAGCUCCCAUCUGCUCCAAUCAGAACGGGAAAAGCAAUCUGUCAGCAGCUUGAAUAUGGUUGUUUUGCUAAAUUGUCUCUGCAGUUUAUCCUAAAAUAAAAAAAUAAAAAAAGUGAUUUGUUUCACUAGGCAGAAUUCCAUUCAUCUGCUAAAGACCAUUUGGAAUUGCUAUACGUCAUGGUAAAAUUAAGAUAUACAGCACAUAAAAAAAAAAAAAAAGAUAUACAGCGCAUUAAGAAAGUAUUCAGGCCCUAUCAUUUUUAUUCCAAUUUAUGCCGCAGUCUUAUGCUACAACUGUUUGUACCCACACUCAAUACCCCAUAAUGACAAAGCAAAAAACUGAAAUAUCACACUGGCAUAAAUAUUCAGACCCCUUGCUAAGUGUAUAGUUUUUUGUUUUUUUUGUUAUCUAAACAAAAAUGGUCCCCACUUCACCUUUCAGUUCUCUGCAUGCUGAGUUGUACUGAAUGCAUAGGUUGAGGAUUGAUCGACAGUCAAGUAGCAGGAGAAAAGUUCUCCUGCUUGCUAGCAUAUGUGC